AAUAAUAAUAAUAAUAAUAAUAACUGAGAUAGAGAAUAAAAGGAAUAGAGGGAGGAGAGGAGCCGGAAGAUAAUUCUUUGUAGAAUAGAUAGACACAAUAACAGGAGAGAAAGAAAGGGAGAAAAAAUAAAAAGAAAAACCACCAAAAUUUCUGAAAUAGCUAUAAUUAAUUCUCUUAUCAUCAUCGGAUCUUAUCUUCUGUUUUUCUAAUGGAUCCAUUUGAUUUGAUUCGCAAAGGUUUUGGAUAAAGCCUACUGCAACUCAGGAGGGUUAUUCUUUGUGUCAGUCUCUUUUUAUGCAUGUAGACAUCCUUUUCUUUUUUUCUUUCAUUCCAUUUUAGUAAAGAAAUGAACUUAUCCAAGAAAGGUUCUUUAACCAACGAUACAAAGCUUAGUCUUCCAAACAAGGCAACAACCUUGAACCCAAAUGCUGCAGAGUUUGUCCCCUUUUCCCUCAGAUCAUCCUCUUCUCCAUCUGGAAGCACCUCAAACACGACAGAUGCUGCAACAAAACUCGCUACUUCUGGAACUGUAGGGAAAUCAGUUCUUGAUCGAUCAGAAUCAUCUGUUUCUAAUGCUUCUGAUGACGAGGCCCAUCAAUUCUGGCGCCACCAGCUCCCAGAUGAUAUCACCCCUGAUUUUAAGGUCAUGAAUGAAGAUGAGUCUCAGGGACUUGGAGGGCUCUCUUUAGCAGGCUUGUCUUUACAUGACAGUAGUGAAGUGCCAAGAUUCCAUGCCUCCUCCAGAAGCGGAUAUGUCUUGACUGAGCAGCAGGAACCGUCACCACAUCAUAUCAAUGGUAGCAGCUUCAGUGAAAAUAUGAGAUAUGCUGUUGCUUCAUACGGGGAAGAUCCUACUUCAGCAAGUUUUUUGAACUUGCCAACUAAGCCCUGGGACAAGCAAAUUGCUAACAGUGAUCAACUUCUUAGCAAUGGUAGGGAGGUACAUCCAUACAAUGGAAAUUCUAGACAUGGGUUCAGAAGUGAAAUAUUAGGUGAGCAUGCAAUAGUGGAUGAUACUGAAAUAAACCCUUUGGAGUUUUUGGCUUCACAAUUCCCUGGGUUUGCUGCUGAAAGCCUGGCGGAAGUUUAUUUUGCAAAUGCCUGUGACUUAAAUCUCACUAUUGAGAUGCUCACUCAGUUAGAGCUCCAAGUUGAUGGUGGUUUCAAUCAGACUACGAACUCGAAGACUGUGUCAGCUCCCACCAAUCUCAGUGCACUGGACUUUCCAGCACUUACGGUGCCAGAUAAUCAGAAUGGUCCUUCAAAAUAUGCUGGAGAUGAUCUUCAGCAAGCUGGCAUUCCUUAUCGAUCUUCUAACAAAGACAACAUGCUUGUAUUCAAGUCUGGUGCUUCCUUUUCAUCUAGAGGUGCUGUGGAUUUUGCAUCAGCUGUCAGGAAAUUGGCUUCUCAAGAUUCUAGUAUGUGGAACCAUGACAGAAAUGGUUCUGCUGAUUCAACUGUUGGCUCAAGCAGAAGUUCCCAUGUUUUGGCUAGUGCUUAUAGUGGUGGUCAUGGGAGAGGCAUUUAUGCAGAUAGGUCGCAAAGUCGUGGGUCAGGUCAAGCAGCUCCUGUCUGGCUUGAAACUGGAGAAGCAGUGGCAAGCAUGUAUUCUGAGAUGCGGGAAGAAGCUCGUGAUCAUGCACGUAUAAGGAAUGCAUACCUUGAACAGGCACGUCAAGCUUACCUCAUUGGAAAUAAGGCUCUGGCGAAGGAAUUGAGUGCCAAAGGACAACUGCACAAUAUGCAUAUGAAGGAAGCUCAUGGAAAAGCUCAAGAAUCCAUUUAUCGCCAGAGGAAUCCAGCUAGUCUAGAGAUGCAGGGAACUGGGAGAGGGCAUGAACGAAUGAUAGACCUUCAUGGGCUGCAUGUAACUGAAGCCAUUCAUGUGCUAAAGCACGAGUUGAGUAUUCUGAGGAGCACAGCACGGGCAGCAGAUCAGCGUUUGCAGGUUUAUAUAUGUGUUGGAACAGGCCAUCACACUAGGGGUGCUCGCACUCCUGCAAGACUUCCAGUUGCUGUACAGCGAUACCUGCUCGAAGAAGAGGGCCUCGACUACACUGAACCACAGCCAGGGCUGCUUCGAGUAGUGAUGUAUUGAACCAGCGUCACAGCAGCAUGAUGAGGUAUAGGAGUUUUUUGACACAAUGCAAAACCCAAGCCAUAGUCAUCAAAUCAUUCUUGUAUCUGUAUAUGGAAGAUAUUGAAGAGAAAGUAGUUGAAAGCCUGAAAAAAUAAAAAAAGAGAAAACAUGUGAAGUUAGGGAAAAGGUGAAAAAAAGGGAGCAGAAGUGUAUCAUUAAGGUGUUAACAGGUUGACAGCAGAAUUACAUUUUGGUAGCGAUCAGGGAACCUACAUGAGCCGAACUUUUGCAGCUCGUUGCAUUUUGUUAAUUUUGUAACUUAUUUUUCUGUCACAGUUUUUUUUUUCCUCUUCUUUUUCCCAGAUGUAACUGAUAGAAUUGAAUUACAUGAUAGUGCAAUUCGUCAAGUA